AACUAAAAUCCUUUGGAACACCACCGGAACAAGUAGCGAUGGUGACACAAGCUGUUUUAGUUUUAUUUUCCCCCAGAGGUCAAAUUCCAAAAGAUGGAAGUUGGAAAGCGUUCAAAGCUAUGAUGGGACACGUUGACACAUUCCUCUCGCAACUUCGAAAUUACGACAAAGGGAAUAUUCAUCCUGAAGUAGUCAAGGCUAUCCAACCUUAUAUCAACAACAAAGAUUUUGACCCAGAGAUUAUUUAUUCAAAAUCACAAUCCGCUGCAGGUCUUUGCAGCUGGGUGAGAAAUAUAAUGGUUUUCCAUUAUAUUAAUGAAACAGUGAAACCAUUAAGAGCUGCACUUGCACAAGCUAAUGCCGAGUUAAAAUAUGCCAUGGAUCACUUGAAUGCUUUGAGGACACGAUUAGCGGUAAAUUAAUAUUCAUUUCAUUGCUCGUCAUGAUGUAUAUGUAUAUAUAAGGAAAUUUGUUAUAUUAUAAAAGCACAUAAUUUCAAUGAACAUGUAUAACAUCUAUCAUGUUUGCUUUAGAAUGAUGGAUAUAUACAUUUAUAUCAAUAUUAAUCAUAAUUUUCUUUAUUAUUUCUUUGAAUUGUACGAUUUUUCUUGUAAUUAUUAUUCCAUGUUUCAAAAGGUGUAGUACAAGAAUGAAUAUAUAAUAAUAUACAUAAUAAUACAAUAUGAUAAUAUAAAAACAAUUACAAAGAAUACA